AUGAAGUUCUCCGGCAUCACAACAUUGUUGCUGGCAAGUCUGGAGGGCGCGCUUGCUCAAUGUUCCCUUCCGUCGACUUACCGCUGGACAUCAACCGGUUCUUUGGCUGAGCCGAAAUCUGGAUACGUCUCCCUCAAAGACUUCACACACGUCACUUACAACGGGCAGAAUCUUGUAUACGCUACUAAUCAUGAUUACGGAACUAAGUGGGGUUCUUUGAACUUUGGGCUCUUCUCCGACUGGAGCCAAAUGGGCUCUGCAAGCCAAAAUGUCAUGAGUGCAGCUGCUGUUGCCCCGUCUCUCUUCUACUUCCGCCCAAAGAAUAUUUGGGUUCUCGCAUACCAGUGGGGGGCAACUGCGUUCUCUUACAAAACCUCCUCGGACCCAACCAAUGCGAAUGGCUGGUCAUCUGCACAGCCGUUGUUUUCUGGAACUAUUUCCGACUCGUCAACCGGACCUAUAGACCAGGCUAUCAUCGGCGAUUCGCAGAACAUGUAUCUGUUCUUCUGUGGCGACAACGGCAAGAUCUACCGCAGCAGCAUGGCAAUUGGCAACUUCCCUGGGAAUUUCGGCACUUCAUCGACUAUUAUAUUGAGUGACACCACCAACAACCUGUUUGAGGCUGUACAAGUCUACACAGUCUCCAGCGGUGGAUACCUCAUGAUCGUCGAAGCCAUCGGGUCGCAAGGACGAUACUUCCGCUCCUUCACUGCGAGCAGCCUUGGUGGAUCGUGGAGCCCGCAGGCUGCAACUGAGUCGAAUCCUUUUGCUGGCAAGGCAAACAGUGGCGCGACUUGGACCAACGACAUUAGCCAUGGCGAGUUGAUCCGAAGCAACCCUGACCAAACCAUGACAAUAGACCCCUGCAACUUAAAGUUCCUCUAUCAAGGGCGAUCGCCAAGCUCCGGUGGUGAUUACGGACUUUUACCUUACCGUCCAGGGUUGCUCACUUUGCAGAGAUGA